UUCAAAGGCAUUUGAAAAUGAACAUAUAUGGAGGUGUGUUAACUACAUGAUGGUUAAAGGAGUGGCAGUUUUCCCUUAAAGGGCCAGUUCACUCAAAAAAACAACAUCUCUCUCCAGAAACAGUAUCAUGUUUACUGUGCUGUUUCUACCAAAGAAAUAGUCUGUCACAGCUUCAGACUUACGUUUUCAAUUUAUUUCACCAUGGUAUUAAAAAAUAAAGCUUUGUUUGAAAUGGGUGACAGUUAAUGUAAAUUUAAUGUGCUACAUUAAAUUUGCAGCCCAUUCUCUGACAGAGAAAAGACUAAUAAAAGUACAAAAAAAAAGAUAAAGAUUAUCAUGAGGUAGGUGAAAAUUGUUCACUUAGUUUGCCUUAGUUUUUUGUCUCAGUCUAUAACGAGAAUGAUCAAAAACAACAAUAACAAUUCAUUUAUUUCUAUAGCACCUUUUAUAUGCAAAAUGCUGAAGUGCAAAAGUGCUUUAAAAAAUAAAAGCACACAAAAUCAACCAAUACAUUCAAUUCAAGAGUUAAAAUAUAUAGAAGUGUUUUAAAAAUAAAUAAAUAAAUAAAAUUUUCGCUUAACAGGAUGUUAGCUCUAAUGUUGACUUGGUUUUUCAUUUUCGUUGAUUUGACUCUUGUGUUUUUUUUAAGAAUUUCUAAUUUAAGAAAAAUCUUGGCUCAAACGGGCUUCCAUAAAAUGGACUUUAAAAAUAUUAUAGUGAAAUACUUCUCUAACUUUAAUGUUACAUUUUCUUUUGGGAAUCUGAUUAAAACCAAUCAGGCCUUCAGCAGUGUGCAUAGGAGAGAAAACACACACACACACACACACACACACACACACACAAGGUGGCCGCUGCAGGCUGCAUCCCUCCUCUCCAGCAGCUCCUGUUUGCUCGGAGCUGCAGCGCUGCAUCUCAUCACGGCUCCUGCAGCUCCAGCAGCGGCGCGUGCAGCGGUGCAUCGGCAGUUGAUCGAUUCCUGUAUCGGAUAAUAGUCCAUAGCCGCAUGGUGACGUCACGCCGCUGAUCAGUAAUAGUGGCUGGGCGGCUUGGUUGGUGGGUGGGUGGCUGGGUGCCGCGCGGACGCCAGGGGUAGAUGGGUGCAUUGAAAAUCCACAGCAGGUAAAAAAAAAAAAAAAAAAAAAAGCGAUACACUCAAGUGUAAUAUUGCACGAGGGGUGUGUGAACGUGCACAAGACUGUUACCUGUUUGUUUUGUUUGUUUGUCGCGUCGGCGCGUGGGAAAUGUAGAAGCUGUCACUGCCGCCUGUAGGAGGAGGAUGGAUGCGUAACAGCACGGAUUGAGCCAGCUGUGGCCUGCUUCUAACAGCAACAUCUGGCCGUCCUUCUGCAGGGUCAGAGAGGGCGCCUCAGCAGCCAGCCGGCUCUGGACUACAGCGGGCAGGUGGAGGCGAUGGAGGAGGGGGACGCGGAGGGGGAAGGGCCCAUGGUGGUCAGAGACGGGCCGAGCGAUCGUAGCCUACCGCCAGAUGCCAGCAGCACCACCACCACCAACCUCUUGGCUUCUGUCAAAGAGCAGGAGCUCCAGUUUGAGCGGCUGACACGGGAGCUGGAGGAGGAGCGGCAGAUUGUGGCGAGCCAGCUGGAGAGGUGCAUGCUGGGGGCGGAGUCGCCGGCGGGAGACAGCAGCAGCUCAUCUGAGAAGUCGUUUGCAUGGAGAUCUGCAGAUGCUUUGGCAGGCGGAGAGUUGCAGGGCGGAGCCAUGGAGACAUCUGCUCGCCACAUGGAGGCCGAGGAGGGACUGUACCUGCCUGAACCAGACCGCGCCUCCCUGCAUGACAGUGAGGGCUCAGGAGGUCACUCAGCCCAGAUGACCUCAUACUCAGACAGCGGUUACCAGGACAGCAGUGUUAGUUAUUAUAGCAACCAGAAUGUGGUGCGUUCAGAGCCCCGGGCCUCGCUAUCAAGAAGCCCAAGAGCGGAGGGUCAAGCCUCAGGGCAGGCGUCCAGCCGGGUGUUGCGGAGGAUGGCCUCCCUCCCCUCCAGGAGCCAGUCCCCUGGCUGCGGCACCGCCGGCACUGUCUCACCCUCCCGCAUCUCCCUGCGAACAUCUCAAGGCAGCACCUAUGACUCGCCCAUCCUCUCUGAGCCCAAACCUCUGGCUGCCGUGUUCCCCGGCACCACUAUGCCGCCAUCCUGCACGUCACCCACCUCCCCGACCAGCGGCACACAGGCCCUGGGUGGUGGGGGAGGAGGUGGGUUAGGAGGAGGAGGUGGUGGUGGACGGCUGGGGUCCACCCUCUCUCUGGUUGAGGGGAGGAGUCUGACGGGGUCACCACUGCGUUCGGGGAUGACAGCCGUGCCUCAGCACUACGGCUCAACGCUGCCCAGGCAGAGCCAGCCGCUGGCCUACGGAGCUGAUCCAUACGGCCUGUACCAGAGGAGUGCACUGCCCCGCCCCGACAGCCUCAUAGGGCUCCACAGCUCAUAUGCCGGUCAUGCGGGGCAGAUAGACCCAGAGCUGAGGGCAGCGUUGUCCCCGGACUGCCACAUGACGCCUGUUUUCGAUGAACGAUCCUUCCACAGCCCCCUGUACCACAGCCCCACCCAUGACCCCCAGGGUACCCUCUACAGGACAAACACAGGUAUGGGGACUCUCCCUCGGACCACAAGCCAUUGCGGCACGCUGCCAUACCAAAGAAGCAGCUAUGGGCUGAGCUCUGCAGCUCUGUACGUCGACUCCUACAGGGUCUCCGGCGAGCCCGUCUACUCCCACCGGCACUCGGGACUGGUGGACCGGGUCGCUACACGCACCCCGUCCAUCGAGAGCAUACACAAGGACCCCAGGGAGUUUGCUUGGCGUGACCCUGAGCUGCCAGAGGUCAUCCACAUGCUGCAGCAUCACUUCCCCUCUGUCCAGGCCAACGCCGCCGCCUACCUGCAGCACCUGUGUUACGGAGACAACAGGGUCAAGGUGGAGGUGUGUCACCUGGGAGGCAUCCAGCACCUGGUAGACCUGCUAGAUCACAAGGUGGCAGAGGUUCAGAAGAGCGCCUGUGGGGCCCUGAGGAACCUGGUGUAUGGCAAGGCCACCGACAGCAACAAGGUGGCGCUGAGGAAUUGCGGCGGCGUUCCCGCUCUGCUGCGUCUCCUCAGGAAAACAACCGACAAUGAAGUCCGUGAGCUGGUCACUGGCGUCCUGUGGAACCUGUCCUCGUGUGACGCGGUGAAGAUGACCAUCAUCCGCGACGCUCUCACCACCCUGACCAACACGGUCGUCAUCCCCCACUCGGGCUGGAGCAGCGUCUCGCACCGCGAAGAACACAAAGUCAAGUUCCAGUCCUCCCUGCUGCUGCGCAACACCACCGGCUGCCUGAGGAACCUGAGCUCAGCAGGGGAGGAGGCGAGGAGUCAACUGCGUUGCUGUGAAGGUCUGGUUGACUCACUGCUCCACGUCCUCAAAGCCUGCGUCAACACCUCCGACUACGACAGCAAGAUCGUGGAGAACAGCGUCUGCACCCUGAGGAACCUCUCAUACCGGCUGGAGGUGGAGAUGCCCUCCUCUCGUCUCCUCAGCAACCAGGAGCUGGACACGCUGCUGGGCUUCUCCUUCCCGGCCAAGGAGCUGGACUACCUCUGCUGGGGGAAGAGGAGGCGAGGCAGGAAGCGGGGUGGCUGGCCCGACGACAAGUGGGAUGACGUGGGGCCAAUCCCAGGUUUCUCCCAGCCUCUGAGAGGAGCAGAGCUGCUGUGGCACCCGAUGGUGGUGAAGCCAUACCUCAACCUGCUGGCUGAAAGCUCCAACCCUGCCACACUGGAGGGAGCCGCCGGGUCACUGCAAAACCUCUCUGCUGGAAACUGGAAGUUCUCGGCCUACAUCCGAGCAGCGGUGCGUAAGGAGAAAGGUCUGCCCAUCCUGGUGGAGCUGCUGAGGAUGGACAACGACCGGGUCGUCUGCUCCGUCGCCACGGCUCUCCGCAACAUGGCGCUGGACAGCCGCAACAAGGAGCUGAUAGGGAAGUACGCCAUGCGGGAUCUGGUGAAUCGACUGCCCGGCGGCAGUCCCUCAGUGCUGUCGGACGACACGGUGGCGUCGGUCUGCUGCACGCUGCACGAGGUCACCAGCCGCAACAUGGAGAACGCCAAAGCUUUAGCCGACAGCGGAGGCAUCGAGAAGCUGGUGGACAUCAGCAAAGGACGAGGGAAAGGCUAUUCGAUGAAGGUUGUGAAGGCAGCAGCUCAGGUGUUGAACACACUGUGGCAGUACAGAGAGCUGAGGAGCCUCUACAAACAGGAUGGAUGGAACUACACCCACUUCAUCACCCCCGUCUCCACUCUGGAGCGAGACCGCUACCGUUCACAGCCGACCCUGCCCACCAGCCCUCUGCAGAUGUCCCCUGUCAUCCAAUCAGGUGGUAGUGCAACAUCCUCACCAGCGAUGCUCGGGAUAAGAGGACACAGCUCAAAUUAUCAGAGGGCGCAGUCAUCUAUGCAACUCGACACCUAUUAUGGAGACAACAGUUUACACAAACAGCAGUACACAGGGUCUGAGAAGAAAACCCCAUAUUUCAUUGGGACAUAUUCUUCCCAGUCAGGGGAAGAUUUGAGAAGGUCCCAGCAUCCAGAGCCAUUCUACGACGAACCUGACAGGAAGAACUACAACAGCUACAGAAUGUACCUGUCGUCCCCACAAGGCUAUGGAGAGGAGCAGUACGAGGACGAACCGGUCCACCUGACCCCGUCCUCCCCCGAUGGCUACGCCAGCCAGUCGCUCCAGUUCAAAGCCAACACCAACUAUGUGGACUUCUACUCCACCACACGGAGGCCUUCAAACAGGGCGAACAAGUUUACCGGCUCCCCUGACUCCUGGGUGUAGAUACAAAACAGACAGUGCGUAGGUUGAGCUUCGCCGUUUUGGCUGUUUUCCGUGGGUGUUGGUGUGUGGGGUGUCGGUGUGUGGGGAGUGCACGUGGGUGAGCCGUAUGGUCGCGUGAAAGGUUGAGGAUGCAUGUGAAUAUGUGUGCAUCUGUGUUGAAACUGUACUGAAGGACCAGGGCUUGGUUUUCUACCUGCGGCUUUUGCCUAAGUCAGAACAUGUGCUCAAUAAUGUAGAUAAAUAUGAACUAUUCCUUUAUUUUGGGCCUUUAUUCCACACUAAAAGAAAGUUAUGACUCUAAUGACUCUCACAUGACUGCCAGGUGGCCUAACAAUGUUACCGGUGUGAACGAUCGGACAGAGGUCGCCAUCAGGGGCAUCCUUACCAGAAGUUCAGAUAAGAGGCGAGAAAGUAAGUCCAUUUACCUUUUGACUUUAGAUGAGAUCUUCAGACAUUUUUCUAUUGGAAAAAAAAAAAGAUUGGAAAUUUAAAAACGUAUAAAGACACCAGGUUUUAUCUGCAUUAUUAUGGACAUGGACUGAGCAUCUUUUCCGUUGUAAAUGCACACAGCACAAAGAUGGGCUCAGUCAAAAGAUGCUUUUUGAAAAAACCCAGCCCUAACUUUGCUGUUUACCAGAGUGUUUGUUAACGUCAACUGGUUUCAUUUUUCUCUGCAGUUAAAGUGUGCAGUGUGUUGGCUUUGUAACAUAAAUAUUGUUCGCCAGCAUCAUCUUGAAUGCGAGAGAAAAAGAAAUUAUUGAAGGUAAGGAUCCUGUAAAAAAAAAAAAGAAAAAAAAAAAGAAAAUAAGACCACACCUGGGCCAAAUACUAUUUACCAGUAAUUCUUUGCACCAAACAGGAUAAAAGUCUCUCUAAAAAUUAUUUCUAAAUAUUAUUUGACCAAGGUUUGGAAGAGAAACUCACUCUCUGGAACCUUUAAAGACUCAGAGAACCAAGGUUACAUCAGUAAACCUUGGGUUUUCUGUAAUGUUUGGCCAAAAGUGCAGUAUAUCAUAAAGUAUGUGAAAUAUGUGACAAAAACAUGUGAAAAUCUAUUUGUACAGAUACAAUGGUUUAACUGUCCUGUUACAUUGUUGUAUUCAAUAUGUAGAACUUUAUAUGUGAUUGUGUGAAGAAGAUUUUUCUAUUAUUUGAUUAUUUUUAUUAAUUUAAUUGUGACCUGACCAAAAUACCCCAUCUGUCUGUUCUGUCCAAAACUGAUAAUGUGCAAUGUUACAGAGGGAAUAUAUGUAUAGGGAUUAAAGAUUAUAUCAUGAAGAUA